GACUUGGGUACGUGUAUUACAACGGCAAGUGCCAGCGCCCACAAAAGACCUAUUGGACCCACCAGCUCCUCUGUUUCACCAAGCAGACAUAAUAACUUACCAGCAAAGCAGAGUAAGCCAAGUGCCUCUGCAUGACACCACCAGCUGAUAACACACAAGAAAACAUAACCAAUUUAGAGUAGAGCCUUAUCUUUUCUUGAGAAGCUGGGAUUUGAAGGGGCUGUUCUGAGCUCUGUGCUGCUAGUAAGUGACUGAUAACAUUAUAGACUGGAUUGGUCCCUGAGUCCAGAGACUGAGUUGCAAUUGAGUGAAGAAUAGACAACGAAGAAUUGCACGGAGGGGCAAGCCACAUUUAAUUCCGGUCACCAAGUAUUGUUGGUUGGACUGAGAAAUUGCUAACCCAGACCUGUAAUAGGCCUGGUUAUUUGGGUAUCUCUCUUUGUCAUUGUUGCCUUUUACUGUUACAUUGCUUUCUGUGUUAUCUCUCUAGGGCCAGAUGUUCUCAGAUAAUUCACAUUGCCCGGACUGUGGACAACAGUGGUUCCCUAGUUUAGAACUAGGCCAUUGGUUGUACCAAACUGAACUUGUUGAAAAUGAAUGUUACCAAGUAUUCUUGGACCGUAUUAACAGAGCUGAUUAUUGCCCUGAGUGUUACCCUGAUAAUCCUGCUAAUAGAAGCCUUGUUCUUCCUUGGUCUUUCCCACUUGAGUGGGCUCCCCAAAAUCUUACUAGAUGGACCUUUGAAAAAGCUUGCCACCCAUUCCUUCUGGGUCCUCCACUGGUUCGAAAAAGGAUACAUGACUCUAGAGUAGCUGGCUUUAACCCUGCAUUGCAGUUAAUCUUGACCAGAACAGACAAAACCUUGAAUAAAAAACUUGGCCAAAACAAAUAACUUCUUAAAUAGUCAAAAUCAUGGACACUCUAGAGUUGGUACUAGUAGCCCAAGGAAGAAUGGAAAAAUGACUCCUUUCUAAAUCUGAUUUAGACUGUCACUACCUUGGGGAAUUGCUUAAAUUGUUGGAUCUGCUCCCAUCGUCUACACAUAUUUUGUUCAGCAUGAAUUUAAUCAGUAUUCCAGCCAGACUGUUCAUGUAGAACCAGUCUAAUCCAUGUUCCCUAUGUUUUGGAACUAGCUUACCCAUCCUAAAAAGCCCCACAGCCUUAUUACAGACCUAUGACAGGAUAGUCCUGGAGGAGAGGCCCUAUACUUUGUGUACCAUAAUGAUACUUCAGUGAUAACUUCUGUGGGAAAGCAUUCUUGUAGCUGGAUUAUAGAUUAUUCCAGUAAGAGAGCUAGAUAUUUUAAUAAGAAAUUACAUUGUUAUAAAUUCCAUCUCUUACAUUUUAACCAGUGGUAACACCUACACAGGAUACACACAAACAUGCAGAAAUGCCACUAUCUUUACUUACUUGGCUCUGCAUAAGCAAAGGCUAUCCUGUCUUCGUGGUGACUGAACUUAGAAUGUCCUCCCCUGGAAAUAUGAAAGUACUUGUACUGUGAGAUAGGUGACAAAGGAGUUUUCAAGCUUGACUCAUAGAUACUAUGAACAAUCUAGAGGAAGCAUCUUUCUGAAAACUAAGAAUGUCUUGCUGGACAUUGAUUGCAUUCUCCCCUUCACUUGUUGAUGAGAAUCAUAGAACUAGAGUAUAGGAGAAACUUAGAACUAACAUCUGUUAAAAGCAUUUUCAGAGGCCACUGAACAAUUUUUAAAUUCCACUUAAGAUACAAGAUAAUCCAGUGCUUGUGUAGUAGCUCAGCAAUGCUCCUAAGGUCCCAGGCUCUUUCUGUUUUUCCCUCUGGGAUCCUUAUCAUGGUGGCUUCUGUUCUUACAGUUGUUUGCUCAGUGAGUAGAGUGUGGCUGUUGCUGUUCCAGACAUUUCAUUCCCAAGCAAAAGCUUUUCCUUUUCAAGUCUGUCUCUUUUAUUUGGGAAAAAGUCUGUCUCAGAAGUCCCUCAGAGAUUUCUUCUUACAUCUCAUUAGAAGUACUGGUUCACAAGCCUGAGAACUCCUUUGGGAGUGGGGUUAGCAGUGCCUGGGUAGGGCACAUUGUCUCCCCUAAUAAAAUAGGGCUCUUUUAGGAAGGGUGGAAUAAAUGGCUGUUGGUAUGCAACAAAUCAUGCCUGCCACAUGAUGUGAAACCUAAAGUUAUUUGUUUGUCUGUGUAAAGGAUGUACUCUAGAAAUAUACCCUGUAUCUGCCUUAUGUCUAUCACAAUGGAAGUUCUCUUCUGUUACAUUGCUGAAUAAACUGUGUGGACUGCUAAAUUGA